GGCUGUGGGCGCCGCCGCCGCCGCCGCUGAGGAGCAAGAUGGAGCUGUCUGCAGUGGGGGAGCGCGUUUUCGCCGCCGAGUCCAUCAUCAAGCGGCGCAUCCGAAAGGGACGCAUCGAGUACCUGGUGAAAUGGAAAGGCUGGGCCAUCAAGUACAGUACCUGGGAACCCGAGGAGAACAUCCUGGACUCCCGCCUCAUCGCCGCCUUCGAGCAGAAGGAACGAGAGCGUGAGCUGUACGGGCCCAAGAAGAGAGGACCUAAGCCUAAAACUUUUCUCCUGAAGGCUCGGGCCCAAGCGGAGGCCCUCCACAUUGGGGAUGUACACUUUUCUGUCAAGCCUGGUUCUAGCACCUCCUCUCCCAAGCUCCACUCCAGCGCCGCGGUGCACCGGCUCAAGAAAGACAUCCGGCGAUGCCACCGCAUGUCCCGGCGCCCUCUGCCCCGUCCAGACCCCCAGAACGGCGGGAGCGUGGGUGGCGGGGCUGGCAUCCGUCCUCCCGUCUCGCCCUUCUCGGAGACCGUCCGCAUCAUCAACCGUAAGGUGAAACCCCGCGAGCCCAAGCGAAGCCGCAUCAUCCUCAACCUCAAAGUCAUUGACAAAGGUGGGAAGCCAGCCAAUGGGGCCGGGGGUCUGGCUCGGCCCAAGAUCCCCUCCCGAAACCGCGUGAUUGGCAAGAGCAAAAAGUUUAGUGAGAGUGUCCUCCGCACCCAGAUCCGCCACAUGAAGUUCGGCGCCUUUUCGCUCUACAAUAAGCCGUCCGCCGCGCCUGCCCCCUCUCUGGAGGGCAAAGGGGAGGCCGAAGGCUCCCAGGCAGCCUCCUGUGGGCUCAUUAUGGGCUCCACCCCCUAUGAUGCCCCCAGCUCCAGCUCCUCUGGCUGCCCAUCACCCGCCCCCCACUCCUCCUCCGACCCAGAUGAUUCCCCUCCGAAGCUGCUCCCCGAGACCCUCAGCCCAGCCAUCCCCGACUGGCGCGAGUCAGAGGUCCUCGACCUCUCCAUCCCACCCGAGUCGGCCGCCACCAGCAAGCGUUCUCCCCCGGGAGGGUGCAGUGGGGGGCAGACGCCCUCCUUGUCCCUCUCCUCUUCCGACCCGGAGCAGGAGGCCGGCGACUGGCGUCCCGAGAUGUCUCCUUGCUCUAACGUGGUGGUCACGGAUGUCACCAGCAACCUCCUCACUGUCACCAUCAAAGAGUUCUGCAACGCGGAGGAUUUCGAGAAGGUGGCGGCGGGCGGCAGCGGAGGCGGCAGCAAGUGAGCAGCCAGGUUCCACCCCCCUCCACCCCCCCGCCAAUCCAGGGGCGUGGGGGAAGCUCUAUCUGCGAGAAGUCGUGGUGCGAAUGGCUGUCCUUAGUUCUCUCCUUCUCCCCUCGGCUGUCCCUCUGCCCUCACUGCCACCCUUCCUCCUCCUUUCCCCCCUGCCCACUCCUUCCUGCCUGGAGGCUGGAGCGUGUCAGUGCAGGGGUGUGGGGGCACCCACCGUUCCCGGGUGUCGCUGCCGCUGGGAGGAGGCAGGGAGGGUCGUGGUGGGACUUGGGGGGAGUGGUUGUUUGUCCUUGAAUGUGGUGUUGUCCAACGGACGGUGGAGCCUUUGGGGAUGAGGGAUGGGUGAGCAUGCGUCUGUGUGCCUGUGGGGCUGGUGGGGAAGGCGCUCUUCCUCCUCCUUCCCCUUCCAUCCUUGACAAAAACUGAAGAGGAACUCCAGACCCUUGAGAGGAGGAUGUAAGAGAAUUGGAGCCCUCACCCACGCUCCCAAGCCUUUUCCCACAACGUGCAUGCGGUCUCUUCCGUUCCUACGUUUCCCCCUUGCCAUGACUCUGAUCCUGCCAUCCUUCCCCUUCUCGGCCUGUGGCCUGGAUCUGCCCUCUCCUCUGCCGUCCUCCUGGCAGUUGCUGAUCCAGACGCCCUCAGAGCAAGGGGGAGAGGGGCAGGUGAAGUGUCGUGCCUGGAAGGUGCUUAAGACAAAGCUGGGGUGGUGGGGGUUGCCCCAUGCAGCAUACGCCCCGUAUUGGCUUCCCCUUUCCUUUGACUAUCGGUGCUACCUUGGCAGUUGUACGGGCACUUUCAGGUGCCUCGGCCCCUCUUCUCCUGCAUCUUCCAGCUUGCUCAGCUCUGCAGGGGGAAGGGAGGAAAAGGGGAGUCCUGCUUCUGGCCCAGAUCUUCCUCCUGGUGUUCAUCACUUGCACUUGCUUGGGGGAGAGGGCAUGAAAUGCCCUUCCCCGGCCUUUCCGUGGUGGAAGUGGGAGAGGGCUGUGCAUCCAUCCUUCAGUUCGGGGGAAGAUAGGCCAGGCAGUGAGAUGCUGCCCCAGUCAGUUGAGGCUGGUUUCCCACCUUGCACGUAAGCCUCCCCUGACCCUUUUUGCUUCCCCCCUGCUCCCUUGGAAGGAGGGAGGGAUGGAUGCUAAGGCGGGUCAUUCGCUCUUCCUGCUUCCUUAUGUGUCUCCCCUUCUCUCUCUUCCCUGUGGCGGAUGGCCUGGAAGAGGGUUCCCCUCUUCAGCAUCUGAAACAGCCCUUACAACUGUCAACCAAAGGUGCUAAUAAGAAACGUCGCUCUCGCAUCGUAUGCACGUGUGCUGGAUCUCUUCCCCCAGAGCUCCUGUGAGCUCAUCUAGAAAUUCCUUCUAUUCACCCCUAGCAAGUAGGAGCGAGCAAGACCACAGCUUGCUGUUCUUUACUCACAGCUCCCUCUUUCCCUGACCACCCUUGUUCACAUCCAAAAUAAGCUCUCUCAUUUGCCUGCCAUUUCUGGCUUGCUCCAUUUCUGUGUUGAGUCCUAAGCUUCAUGGUGAGAUCCUGUUCCUUUGCUUUUCCUUCUUCCCCUACUUGCACAGGACUCAGCCUGUAGGGGCAAGGAAAAGAGGUGCUGAUCAAUCGGUGGGAGAGCCUCACCCCCUCAGCCCCGUCCCUGGUAUUCGGGAUGGGGCAGAGGAGUGUCACUUCUACAUAACAUGCUGCAGAGGUGAAAAGGGUGGAAAAAAUUCUCCGUGCCAGGGCUCACCUACUUAGAAACCUGCCCUGGGCGGGUGAAUGUGAGUGGAAUUGGCCCCUCUGGUGCUUCCACAUGAGGCUGCUCAGGAGCUGCCAGCUCAGAGGAGUAUUCUCGUGUGGAGUAGUGAUUUUGUGGUUGCAGUGGUCUGAGGGUAGAAGGGAAGGCAGUCUGUGGGAGAGAGGUAAUAUUUGUCUGCCCAAGGGGCGUUGUCGGGACGGUAGAGGGAUAGACCAGCAGCUGACCUUAAUUAGGGCUUCUGUGCCCAGAGCUUGUCUUUUCCCCGCCUCCAGCGCCUGGGUUGGUGUAAUAAAAUCAUUACUGCCCUCCCCACAAGCCUUGCCUCGCAGCUGGUGGCAUUCAAAGCUGUGGAGCAUGGUGGAUUCACACCAGUUGUGGUUGGGUGUCUGCGCAGACAGUCCGAGGGGGGUUCCAGGUGCUGUUAGCACCACCCUUUGCACACCUCUUUCUUUUUCUUUCCUUGGUUAAAGAGCUUAGUGGACUCUUUGGGGAUGCAGUUGCAUUCACAGCUGAAGCUAGGGGCAGGGAGGAAGAGACUUCCCUGAACCAUUCACCAAGCUAAGGCUUCCUAUAACUUGUUGGACUUGUGUGCGUGUCUGUAUUAAUACCUGCCUGUAUUUUUUCGUGUCUUUUUUGGUUUUGGUUUCUUGUUUUUUUUUUUUUUUUUCCCCGCAUCUUUCCUGUGCCUGGCACACCCAGGGAUCCCUUAUUUUAGCAUAGCCUAUCCAUUUGACUGCAGCUUCAAAGAUGAGCAGUUUGUAGGCAUAGGGAAAAGCCCGUUCUUAGGGAAAUAGCGAGGAGAUUCUUCUCUUUUCCCCCCCACCCUUUUCAACAAGAACUAUUCUGCAGUUGCAAGAUAAGAGGAGCUUCUUUGUGGGGUAGAUGCAAACUGGCCAGUCACUUUAGGUUGUUGAGUUACUGUUUGGUGUGUAUGUGGUGAUGUGUUUUGUUUCGUGGUAUUGAGGUUCUGAAAAAAAGAGAAUAAUUGAAGCGUUUAAGUGGGAGAUAAAAGGGAACUUUAAUAGGAAACUCUUGAUGUGUUUUGGCCAAGAUGUGUUUGCUUGGCAGAAUUCUUUUCCCCAGUGUCUCUUGUAUGGUGUUCUUUGGGGGCAGGGGACAGGAAUUGUUUAAUUGAAGGGGUUUUGCCUUUCUCCAGAGUGACAAGCAAGGGGACUGUCUGUGAAGAGCAAAUCAGUGGGUCAUUGCAGGGAUACUCCGUGAGGACCUUCUUCCUGUGGUGAGAUGAUGGGGCUUGUUGUGGCAGAGGAACUCGUGCAGUAGAUCCUCUUUGUGGAGGAAGAAAGGAGUAUGAUCCGGCUUGCAGACACAGCUCAACUGCUUGUGUGACAAAUCUCUCCCUGGGUGGAUCACCAGGUGGGAACCAAAUCCUGAACCUUUGGAUCCAAAAUGAGGAUCCUGUGCUGUUUUGAGUUAGAGGUUUGCUAACUUGAACGCAGCAGCAGCCUCAAGUUCCCUCAGGUGGACAAGCCACUUGAGGCUGGCUAACCGACCUUCGUAUUCACGUGGGUUACACUCCUCCUUCUGAAUUUUUGCCUUUGCUCCUUAAUGGAGGUGGGAAAGAAAAUCCAUCCAUGCCAUUUAAGAAGUGCAUGGGAUUGAGGAAGGAGUUUAUUUGAAAGUAUCCCUUUCCCUUCCCCGUAACUCCUAGAAGAAAAAAACACAAGGAAAAAAAAAAAAAAAAACAACAACAAAACAGGGAAGUAUUCUCUGUGUCUGUGCCAUGUUUGUUCUCUUGUCGUCGUGUUUUUAGAGGAGAUUUUAUGAUGGAGUGGAUAAAGUGAAAUGAUUAGUUUUGCAUAAAAAAAGAAAAGUUUAAAAAAAAUUUCUACAGGGAGAGAGAGAGAGAGAGAGAGUUUAAAAAUGAAUAAUAAAUGCAGUGAUUGCACAAACUGUAGUGGUAUUAGAUGGUCCUUAGAGAAAAGAGUAUUUUGUAGUAUCAAAGCAUGUGUGUCUGGGAUGGUGUUUGGCUUGCUUGAACUGGAGGGAAAGGCAUUCUGGGACUAAGCAGCGAUCUCUGAGCUGAAAAGGCAAGUUGUAUGUUGGAGGAACCCUGUCUACAAACCCUUCCCGUCCUUGCCUCCCAAGUGUUGGAGUGAGUUCCCUUCCCUCUCAUACCUCUCCUGUGAGCUAAGGUGGAGUCUCCAAGUGGUUUUCCGGCCAGGCGGCCCUCAAACGGCCGGUCGCGUUCUGCCAGAAUGUGGAUCGGGCCACCAACAUGGAAACAGUUGACUGACUUUGCAUGCACAGCAAGCUGCUAAGAUUUGGGGUUGGCAUGUACCUUUCCUGCCAAGUCACUGUCUCUUCUCUUUUCCCUCCCCCAUUUCCAAGCAGGAAUAAACACAGUGGGCUUAUCUCCUGGGAAGCAGAUAUGCCUCCCCUCCUUAGGGUCUCUUAGCUUCUUCCAGCGUCAGGUAGGGAAUGGCGUUUUUCCGUAUAGGAUUCACCACGCCCGGACAGAGCACCGAGUCCCAUCUGUAUGCAGUCUGGUGUCCCAUCUCUGACAGUGGCUGGAUCUCCAGAGGCAGAUGAGAGCGCUGCCUUGUGUGCUCUGAAGGUGCUGCCGAGCAAGGGACACUCUCUCCUUGAGGCCAGCAAAUGCUGGAGCUUUUGGAGCGGGGCGGGGAGAGGAACACCCUGAUGGGACUGUGCUCAAGUGUAGGGCUGCUGCCUUCUGCUCUGGCUUCCUGCGAGGUGGCAGGGAAGAGUUGCCUGAAUGCUUCUUCGAAGUGGGGAGGCAGCUCUUGGGUGCUGGCUUCCCCAUCCAAGACGUCUCUGCUGGGCGUUCAUCUGGUGCGUGGGAGUGACUGCAGGGAAGAGGGGAGCCACCAGAUGUUGGUGUCUGAACAGAAGGUGGCAGGCAGGGAUUCGCUAGGACAGCUUUUCUUGUCUGGACUUCUCUGGUGCCCUUGGCUUUGCAGUGGCUGGUGACGAACGUCUCGAUGCCUCCCAUGGCCCGGGCUGUUCUUGGGAACUUCUUCUUCUCCUCUGCCCAUCGAGCUCUGUCAGUGCUUCCCACAGCCUUCAGCUUGGAGCGGCAGCCUCCUGUCUCGUGCUCUCUUUUCUCCUCGCUGAGCAGAGUGGGACUGGGGAGGCGUGAAGCUAAUGAGAUGCAAGCUCCUUUCGGGAUGGAAAACGGAGAAAUAGUGUGGUGAGCAGGCCCAGCUGGGGUGUAAGCCACUGCUUAAUUUCUGUUUUCAAAAGAGAAAGGGAGCAUUUCUCUGCGUCUCCCCUUACCGAAGUUCCCAAGGAGAUUUUAUGAAAUAAAAAACAAACCAACCAACCCAGUCCUGCUAUUUACCAGGUAGCAGCUGUCUCUGAGCUGAGUCUUCCUAGGGAUUUCACUCCCUUUCCCAGCCCCUCUUUGUAGAGGAGGUUUCGGCAGCUCCCAGUGUUUGGAGAUGAUCGCCUUCCUGGGGACCUCCUGGCAGAAAGAGGUUGCCAUGCUGAAGGAUGGUGUCCCGAGUCCCCCACGCUUCUGCCCGCCCCGAGUCGUGGCACUGGUGGGGGCUGCUCAGGAGCAGGUCCUUCUUCCCAGGGAGGUGUAACAAACCUGGAGUGCAUGUCUGGCUAAGUGCUUAUUUUUCCCCUCACUUCCUUCCCCACCUUCCGACAAGACCUUUUCCUCCUUGCCUGGCGCAUCCUUUUACUCCAAUGUCGCUUGCUUUUGCUGCAUUUUUCAAUCGCCCAAUAAUCGUGCAAGAGCUGGGAUCUUAUUUACUUUUUAUAUAUAAAUAUAUAAAUAUAAAAGAAACCCUCUCCCCUCCCCUCUUUCCCCCUGUCUCACCCACCACCCUGUGCGCAGCCUUCCAUGAUCUCUGCUCUGAAGGCGCUGUGCCGUAGAGGGUUAAUUUGGGGCCGGGGAUUCAGUGCCUCCUGGGUUCUGCUCCUUCUUGGUUUGCCGUGGCCUUUCUGCCAGCUGCGUCACUGCCCUGUGCCCCUGUCUCCCUUGUGCGAAGGGGGUGGAGGGUGGAGGGGACCAUCCUGCUGAGGGUGCUGGCAGCCCGACUCCCGCGGCGUUUGCACAGAGCCAGAGGAGUGCUGAGUAUUGCUUCAGAAAUCCCCCUCUCCCUGUCCGUGCUUCCUUCCCUAGGUAACUCCAGCAAGGAUCUGCAUUUCAUCAACGCUUCGGGGUUGAGCAAAUAAGUGGCUUUAUUUUCACUUCUUCAGUGUUUUUUUUUCAGAUCCCUCCCCAGAGUGCAAUGUAUACGGUUUCUUUUUGGUGGUGUAGAUGGGAGGAGAUGUUGUUAUCUCCAGCCCUCACCUUUACCCUUCCGUCCUCUACUUCUCCCCCCUUUCGUUGUUGUCCUGGGUCACACUGACGUGGCUGGUGGGGUUUGCACCCUUGUCUCUGCAGGGUCAACAGCCUCAGCACCAGCAGCUCCGCGUGUGUUCUGCGUGGUGCCUCCGAGGUGCCUGGGGUCCCACCUGCCUUGCGUGCGGAGCUGCCGCAGGGCCUCGAGUUUUUCUUUCUCCCUUUCUUUAUAUUUCUCCUUCGGGGAGCAGAAGGGGAGGUGUAGUCAAUGUGCCCUUCCCGUGGUGACGGGCUGCCUCUGUCCCUUCCAGGGGUGGGGGGAAACGAAAUGUCUCCAGGGCUGUCCGAAAGCGCGGUCCUUGGGGUGAGUGCUGUGCUUUGAGCCCUCUCCCCGCAGGCGCCCGUGCCGGCAGAGGCGGCGCUGGGGGUCGGCUGAGUGGAGCAGGGAGAUGGGCGGCAAGCCGCAGCGUGCUGCCGCGCAGGCGAAGGGAAGGAAAGUGCCAGAAGAAGGGCGAGGGGCAGCCAGGGUGAGGCCAGCUUCAGCGGCGGCUCGGCUAUAUCUGGGGGCAAGCAGCUGGAAGCGUUAAUUCCCAUCGCAGGGCCCCCGGUUCUCGACUUCGUUCCGCGUUCAGCUGAGCACUUAGAGCUUGCACUAAGCCGCGGGGCUGGGCGCAUCAGAGCACUGCGUGGGGUUUCGGGGCCUCGUAGGACUGGCAGGGCCCUUACGGGCUCCUGAGCAUCCCCCCCCCAACCUGCACCCCGCUCUCCAGGGGUGCUGAGGGCUUCCCUGAGGGUUUCCCUCUGGGCAGAGCACUUGUGCAGGUAGGUCGCUUUUUAGCGGUCCUGGAGGGAGCCCGCUGCUUUCAGCCCCCCCAGCUGCAAAGGAGUACGUAACUUUAGGUCAAGUUCUCAAACAGAACAACAAAAAAUUCAUUGUGAUGACUUUUUUUUUUUUUUUUUUUUUUUUUUUUCCUUCCAGAAGUUGUUGUGCUUGUGCCUCCCCCAGGCUAAUCAACUUGGCAUGCUGUCCUCCCCUCCUCCUUUUCUCUCCCCUGCCGUUAAGCCUUGUACUGUCCUUAAGAAUAGAGGACUCUCUCUAUUUUGGGAUAUUUUUUUUUUCCCCCCCUGUUUGUUUUCUUUUUGGAUAGAAAGUUGUCCGCUGGUGGUGGAGGACAGGGGCCUGCCUCAUCUGUUCCUUCCUUUCACCUUCCCCAGUGCCAAGCUUAGGCUCAAAUCCUGCAGAUUCCUGCAAAUACUGAACUUUGAGCAGAUGAGUUACCCCACUGAGCUAUGUGGUACUUGGGUGCUUCAGAUUCUGCCUGUGCUUGAGUUUUGACAGCAUCAGAGCCUUAUCCUUUCUCUUAGAGAAGGUCAGACCUAACUCCUAGAGUGCUGAUGGUUCUGGUGCAACCCAUCUGUCUUUUAUUUCCCCUCACUUGGCAUACAGAGUGGAGGUGGUAAUUUUUUUUUUUUUUAAUUUAAAAUAAACCUAAAUAUGUAUCUUGUAAUUUUUUUAUUUUGAAAAAAAUGCAUUUAAGGAUUGUGCACGGAUGAAUUGUAUAUCUAUAUUUUUUUUUUGUCUUGCAAUUUUCAUUUUAAAUAUAGUGUUUGUUCAGUUUUUGUUUUGUUUUGUUUUUAAUCCAGUUCCCAGCUGGCUAAACUCUGUCUAGAGCGGAUGGGUGGGAGGCAUAGCCACUGGGAGGGGUGAUCGAAUCGCCCCUUCCCCUGGCGCUUCCCACAAGAAAAUGGUUUGCUCCAGGUUUUGGGGGUGGGGGUUGUGCUAAUUACUCUUGUAUUCUUGUACAUUUUGUUCUUUCUGCUGCUCUUGAAUAUUGUAUCAAUGCCAGAAAUGGGGAGUUAAAAAUUUAAAAAAAAAAAAAAAAAAAAAAAAAUUAACCCCAAUAAAUUGUUACAUUCCAAAA